AUGCGGGUCGGUCAGGAGACCCUUGCUGAUCGUCUCUCAGCAAUAACAAGCAACUUUCCCAUCUCAACGUGGUCGUGGACAAGCGUGUCAACGACAGAACCUUCAUCUAUCUCUAGGAGCAAGCCACCGCCCACGGCAUCACUCCUUGAAACUUGGCGUCAGCUGGCAUUUCACGAGGACACCAUGUCCAGCGGCAACGUGGAACUCCUGGGCGACAAUGUGGAAAUCCUCGACUACGAACCCGAGGGCGAGGCUCCCACCGCAGAGCAGUUUCCAGCGGCGGGUGCAGAAGACGAGAGCCCCCCCAUGUCCAUGGUGUUCACCGUCGAUGAUUUGCUGGACAACAUCGCCACAGCAGAUCUGGCGGAACUGGAGCGGGCCUACAACACCGGACGUGUCUCUCUGGAGGAUAUCGUAGAAGCGGCUUAUCUGUCGUCCGAUUCCCCCCUUUUCGUUCCUCCUUUCUCGCUCCCGCCGGAAGACAGAUUAAUCCUCUUGCCCCACGCCGAGUUCAUGGCGUACCAAAGGUUGAACGAGAUGUGGUGCGACGGUCUUGCCGGGAAGAUCGCAGAAGCGGAGGCGUGAGAGCAGGCGAAGCGCGAGGACGCGGAGCGCUUGGCGGAACGGGA